AUCGCCAUUUUCCAAUUCGUGCGGCAGAAGAGCUUCCCCAGAUAUUUCAGUCCUCUAUUUUUGUUAAAUUUCCACUGUUUAUUAUUGUUUUUUGUAUACUGAAGUUUUCCACGCAACGUGUCUAUUACUAUAUUAAGUGGAUCAUAGCCAACUGCGGAAGAUGGGAACGCAACAAUUUUCACUCAGGUGGAAUAACUACCUGAGGCACAUCACGGGUGCCUUUGACUCACUACGAACUGAUAGUGAUCUAGUUGAUGUUACUCUAAGCUGCGAAGGAAAAAAAAUUAAAGCACACAAAAUGUUACUCUCUGCCUGCAGUUCAUAUUUCAAAGAUUUGUUCAAAGAUAACCCAUGUCAGCAUCCUGUGAUCAUAUUUAGGAAUGUCAAAUUUGAUGACUUAGAUGCCCUAGUCAACUUCAUGUAUCAGGGUGAAGUUAAUGUGCUGCAAGACCAACUUGCAUCAUUCCUCACCACAGCCGAGUUAUUAGAAGUUCAAGGUCUAACCGAUGGCGGUAACAACCCUGAAGAAGAAGAAGAACCAGAGACUGAACAACCACCUCCACCACCCGUCCAGCAUAGAGAAUUUAGGCCAGAAAAACGUAGAAGUGUACCACAAUCAAAUAACCAAACCAUGUCACCUGUGUCUUUCAUUCCUAUUAACAAGAGGCCAGAGUCUCCGCCCCAAAAGAGGAGAAAAUUUGUUUCUAGCACUAGCAGUGUACAAUCGGGUGAUAAAGACUUAGAAUCUAGGAGGCCAAUGCAACAGCAGCAGCAUCCUAGUCCAGAUCCUGUGGAAGUCAUUCCUGUAGUUCCUAAUGUUAAAGUAGAGAAACCAGACUAUUACGAUGGCGACCAAGGCGGUGGCGAUUAUAGUGAUAACCUUCAUACCUCAAACUCUAAUCAAGAAUUACCUGAAAUGUUAGAACAUGGCCAAAUAGAAUCAAAGCAAGAAGCUGUUGAUAUUUACGAAGACUCAGACUCCUCACAUGUCGAAGGACUGUCGGACCUAAAUCAAAUCCUGAACAAACCCGGAACUAGUGUAGAAUCAGUGUCACAAGAAUCCUUACAUGGUAAGAAUAAUGUAUCCAUUGCGUUCCCCUUGCCAGUCAACUGAGAGAGCUCCUCUGACUCAUUUUCUCGCCGCACGUUAAUAUUGAAUGAAUUUUAAAUUUUUCUGAAACUGAA